AUGGCACCCAAGUUCUGCCUUCCGCGUUUCGACCACGACAACGAUGCCUACUGGACCUCCUACCUCAACGGCACGCUGUACCGCACCUACCCUCGGACCAAGACCACCCACUCAGUCUCUCCAGUGGCCUGGGUAUCCACCACCGAUGCGAGCACGUAUCCCACACCACUCACUCCACCCCUCACCCCGUGUACCACCAGCACUCCGUCGCUGCCGACUCCUCCCCCUUCUCCAAAGGAGACUCCACAGGACCUCAUCACUGGCAUGAUGGACUAUGACACGGCCGUCCUCGACCUCAUUGCCGCUCUGGCACUCCCAGACUUCAGCCCCACCAACCCCGCCACCUCGGCCGGCUACAACUCUCUCCGCGGGGCCUACAAUGUCAUUUUGUCGCGGCUGGACGACACCGAGCGGCGUAUCGCACGCACUGUCGCCGGACUCGACUUGCCCGGAACCAUCCCCGCGCUGUUCUGGAGCGACCCCAACUCGUACGCUCGCGCAGCCGUCUCGAUCGCAUCCUACGCGUGCCUGCACUACGGUGCGCACCGGGGUAGCCAGUUUCUCGACGCGGUGCUCGCCGAAACCACCCAGCGCGUCCUCGCCAACACCGCCCGGCUCCGCGCCCACCUCGCCGUGGCCGACGGCGCCUUUGUGGGCUGGGUUCCCCCCUGCUUCGGUGUCGUCCCCUCGGACCACCUCGCGGGGUACAAGGAACAGUACCGCCACCUCCCACCCACGGCAACGUUCUGGCACUGCGGGCAAGGCUGGAAUGCGGGCGUGCUCCGUUUCGAACCCCGGCGUGGCGUACUCCCUCCGCUCAAGGCGUGCUUGAGCUCGCCCAAGCUCGUGGCCCAGAAUGGAUCGCGCAGGUCCAGCUCAAGCUCAAGCUUUGACGCUCACGGGAAGCGCGGUGGAGUUGUGCUGGUGGUGCAGAGGGGAGUGUGGUGGGGCAUCACCGAGCCAGAGUGGGAGGUGGAGGCCAAGGCGGCCGUCCUGGCGCCGAUCACGGCGCCCGCGCUGUGGCCUGCAGGUAUCUGGUCACCCACGUCUACUGCCACCGGUGACCUUGACGGUACACCCAUGAGCCACAUUGUCGACCUUCCUUAG